AUGUUAAAUGCCAGCAGCACCCAGGUGGAACUAUUGACACAGGAGCAGUUGCACCCCGGGUUGUCUCAGGGGGGAACCUCCGCCCACUACUCAGGUGCGAUCUGGAUGACGAACGGAAUGUCUUCAUCACUGCUGCACUCCAUCUGCAUUUUACAGGGCCACGACAGCCUCCAGGUCCUCUGCCGCCUCUGCAGACCCCGGCCGUCUCCCUGCCAACUCUGCAGACCCCGGCCAUCUCCCUGCCGCCUCUGCAGACCCCGGUCGUCUCCCUGCCGCUUCUGCAGACCCCGGCUGUUCCCCAGCUGCACCUCGAGGACCCAGCUGUUCCCCAGCUGUUCCCCAACUGUUCCCCAACUGUUCCCCAGCUGUUCCCCAACUGUUCCCCAGCUGCCCCUCAAGGCCCCACCUGUUCCCCUGCUGGCCCUCGGGGCCCCAGCUGUUCCCCAGCUGCCCCUCGAGACCCUAGUCCCUGUUCCUGCUGUUGGGCCACGACAGCACCCUGUUUCUGCUGCUGGGCCGCAACAGCCCCCUGUUUCCGUUGCCAGGCCGCGACAACCCCCUGUUUCUGCUGCCGGGCCGCGACAGACUCCAGUUCCCGCUGCAGGACCUCCGCAGGCUCCCGUUCCCACUGCUGGACCUCCGCAGACCCCCACUGCCGGACCUCUGCAGACCCCUGCUGCCGGACCUUCGCAGACCCCCGUCCCCGUUGCCGGUUCUCUGCUGACAUCCGCCCCAGCUGUUCACCACUUAGUCCUGCGCUCUAUCCUAUGGUCCGCCCGUCAAGUGGAACAGCUUGAUCCGGGACGAUGGAGCCACACAGUUCUGUUGCUGGUAUGGCUGAGUCUUAUUUUACUGCGACCGGACAUCGGCCCAGGUAUGGGUUUCCUUCACUCCCAUCUCGGCUCUUUUCUGUCUCUUCCUGAGGUGGUCAUUCUGCCCUCGCUGGUGUUUGGUUUGGGCAGGUCUCACAGGCGGGACGGUCUGAAGAUGCUCAAGGUCCGCUGCACUUAA